AACGGCCGCAGUGAGAUCUUUGUCUAAGAAGUUGACUCAUAUUAAGAGAGAUGCUUAUUCGUGGAGCUGCUGGUUGAUAUGUCUUGUUGUGGUGGUGAUGAAAUGGCUUCACUCAAGCCAGGCGAGGAUGAAGUCAUGGUAUACGAGCCACAAUGACACACAAACGCCUUGAAUAUCCGUUGACUCCACUGGAAUAACCUUCUCAGCUUCUAAACUGCCAAGUCUCUUAAAUUGUAUCAUCCUUCUUAUUAUCGCCUCAACACGCGUCUCUCAUCAACCUCGUGCUCCAUCCUAAUCCUAUCAUUGGCUCAUCGACAUCUUCACCACCACAAGCCCCCAAAUCACGGCAACAUCUCAAACAAGUCUCGCUCGGUCCUCAAUUCGAUCAAUUUCACCCCCUGCAUCGACCGUUUCUUCACCAGAAAAAGCCAAGAUAGGUUCUAGCAUCUCGCCUAUCGAAUCAUAGCUUCGCAAGGACGCACACUUUUUGCGGGAGCGCGGAUAGUUUAACCAGUCCUUUGGGUGUUUAAAGGCAGCUUGGGACCCACGAUCGUCGACUGCAGCUUAUGCUUUGACCAGUGCUUAUCGGCCUUUGUUAAUGGUUGGCUUGAUCAUGGAUUGAGAACAUCGCUGUCGUGGAGACAGCAGCAAACUCUUGAUACUCUAUUAUUGUUAUUACCCCGAAUGAGAUGGCGGUGCUUCAUCAGUAUGAUUACAUCUUUGCUCUGACUGUUAUAUUUGCAUGCCUCGAUGCCUGGAACAUUGGCGCCAAUGAUGUCGCCAAUUCGUUUGGCACGUCGGUCUCUUCGAGAUCGCUGACCAUGAAGCAAGCAAUGCUCGUAGCAGCAGUUUGCGAAUUCAGUGGCAGUGUGUCUGUUGGGUCUCGAGUGGCAGAUACCAUCCGAACGAAGAUUGUCGACCCUCAUCACUACGACAGUUCACCCGGUGUUUUACUUCUUGUCAUGAUGUGCACUAUCAUGUCGUCCUCGCUCUUCCUGACAUUCGCGACUCGGCAAGGAUUACCCGUUUCAACUACUCAUUCGCUCAUCGGAGGACUCGUCGGAGCAGCUACAGCGUCGAUAGGCAUAACAAAGAUCAAUUGGGGAUGGCAUGGUGUGUCGCAGAUCUUUGCGGCGUGGAUCAUUGCGCCGUUGAUCGCAGGCUGUAUGGGGUUUGUACUGUUCAUGUUCACCAAGAAGUUCAUCUUGACGAAACAAACAGCUGUUAGGAGGGCAUUCUACUCCAUUCCGUUCUAUACCUACUUGACAGUAGGUGCACUCACGAUGCUUCUCGUUUGGAAAGGGAUCCAUACUAUCAACCUAUCUACUCGAGACAUCGUCAUCUCAGUCUUUGCGACAGCCACUGGGAUGACUCUCCUCCAAAUAUUCUUUCUCCUUCCCUUCCUGUGGACGAGAAUAAUGCACGAGGAUUGGACUCUCAAAUGGUAUCAUGUCUUUCAAGGACCACUCCUCCUCUGGCGAUCACCACCUCCACCGACACCAGCUGGGUUCACUAAGCCUCGCAUCAGAGACUACUACCAGGGGCAUCUCACGCGGGAGGAACUCAGCCACCUACGUACCUCCGAAACUCUUCUCCAAUCGAUUCAAACACCAGACGGCCAGUUACCCGAUCUCGAUCGUGACGAUGAAUGGAUUCUCCCACCGCCAGCUCAAACACCACCCAAAACUCCCCCAGGUCGCUUCGAGCCUCGCGCCUCAUCGGAAUUCAUACCUCCCCGACCCGACGGCUCAUGGAACAGCCCUAAAGUAAUGGCAUGGAAAGCCAACCGCGUGCUACUCCGCGGACUGGAGAAGGACGUCGUGGCUAUGCAGAAGCGGAACAAUAUCCUCAACUGGGAUUUGGAAGACAUGCACGCUCGAUCCGCGCACUAUGAUAACCGUGCAGAGUACAUGUAUUCCGCUCUUCAGAUCCUCACCGCCGCAACAGCAUCUUUUGUCCACGGGGCAAACGACGUCAGUAACGCAGUCGCCCCGUUCACAACAGCAUAUCAAGUAUGGUCCAGCGGAGGCAUACCCGAAUUCGUCGCCAUACCGAUCUGGAUCCUCGUCGUAGGCGGUGCAUGUAUCGUUGUCGGACUGUUGACCUACGGCUACCACGUCAUGCGGACGCUAGGCAAUCGUUUGACGCUCAUCUCGCCAAGCCGUGGUUUCUGCAUGGAGCUCGCGAGUGCAAUCACGGUGCUCAUGGCAACGAGGCUGUCUUUACCCGUGUCUACUACGCAGUGCAUUACGGGAGCUACGGUGGGCGUUGGGCUGGCGAAUGGGGAUUGGAGAUGUAUUAAUCCGAAGCUUGUGCUUUGGAUUUACAUGGGUUGGUUAAUUACGCUGCCGGUGACGGGAGUCAUGUCGGGCUGUUUCAUGGCACUGAUCAUCAAUGCGCCGAGAUGGGAUGGGUGAUUACAUCAAAGUGUUUGUAUUUCUGGGCUUAGCGAUGAUACCUGUUCCAUAUGCUUGUUUGCGCUUAUGAUAAAAUGACUAUAUUUAGAAGUAUAUACUAGAAGCUUAGAAUGUUUAAGGUUCAAGCAACUCGUGCAACCAGAGGCCAAUGCAACUCGCUCGUGAUGGCUUCAUGAAUGUUCGCUCAUGUCCGUGCUAACGGCUAGCUUCCUGCAACAAGCCUCGCGCAUGGCACCUAUUCCGCUCCAACAUCUCCUCAAGUUGAUCCCACAGCUUGCAAACAUCAGACUCGUCAAGUUCCGGAUCAUUAUCACUAACAGCGGCCCACUCCUCUACUGGUACGAUAUCAUGAUUUGCUAGUCCAACCACGAACCUCCUCACUUUGACAUCCAAUCCGUCUGAAAUAUCAGCAAAGGGAUCUCCAAUGCGUUUAUGCACUGGACGCGCCGUGGUCGUAAAUUCAAGCAGCUGUUUGGGCUGUCUGUCGAGGAAGAGGUUGAUGAUGUUGGUCCAGAUUUGCUUGGCUGGGGCUAUACAGUUCCGCAGACUGAUCUUCUCGAGUGUCCCUGCAUGAUUGGAAAGAAAGGCAAAGAGCUGGCUCGAGAUCUGAGAGUAAUCCAGUUCUAAUGUUGUCAGGCGCGGUAGAUUGAUAGACGGAGAUGCCCAGUUUAUGGGUUCCACAAGUUGCUCAUUGCCCAUGACUGCAUUCAUCUUCCCAGUGAGUCGCAAGACCUGAACAUUAUGCAGAUUCUCCAGAAACAUCUCCGGGAAGAGAGUUAUGAACGCCUGGUGUGCUGAAGUCAUCUUUCCAUACAUGUAACUCCCGCCAUGUCCCAUGUAUCCGACACCAGCAAGUGUCAUCUCAAACGACGCCAGGUGUUUAAGAAGAUCUUUCCACGUUUCUGACUCACAUGCACGAUAUGCUUCUCGCCCAGUUGGCGGAAGACUAUCGAUCUCAAGUCGAGAAAAGGAACGCGCACUUUUGCUUAGCGCCAGUAGACUCCCUUCGAUAAGAACUCUCCAAGGCUCUGUAUCGUGUUUUCCAUGCCAUAGAUGAAACUCCCAACGGUUCAAACACUGUGGUGACAGAGCCCAUUCCGAUAACUCCCAGUGACUCAGGUCGAAUUUAAAUUUGUCCAAGGACGGGAAAAAGGUAAGAGAUUGUAGUGCUGUUCGAGUCUCAUCACUGAGCUUGAUCUCAGGCUUGUGUCUCCUGUCUCGAGCUGGCCAAGGAUGAUGAGGGUUGUAUCGAAUUUCGCGAACGAUAUCCCUUCGAGGUCCAGAUGCGAGAGCCAAUAAGGCACUUCCAGAUUGUGAGGUUUCGUUUAAUUCGAUGAUUGAGUAUGUUUGAUGUUCAAAUGCAGACAUUAGACGAUGAGACACGGCGCAAAGUUUUCGCAGAUCUUCAUGAUCGACAUGGUAAGAGAUUUCGAGGAGAACCUCGGGGGCAACUCGAUUGAGUGCCAUUUUGACAGUGUGCUGUAGUGAAACAACAUGUAAUAAAAGAAGAAAAUGAGUGAGAGAUGUAAAUAAUCUGAAAUGAGUGGGAAGUUAAAUUGUAACGUUAUCGAAAUCUGACGUUGGAUGGAUCGUGGCUCUUGGCGUAUGAGGCUUGAGUUAUGAUGACA